AUGGAGAGGAUCAAACCACAAACAAAUGAUGCAUUAUUCUCAGGCUUCUCAGCAAACUCCAAGCAGCUGGCCUUGCACAAGGAUUCUCACAUAAUAUCCAAGCUGAAGCCAAAAAUACGAAUAAUUCACGUAGUUGCACCUGAGGUUAUAAAGACAGAUGUUGAAAAUUUUCGCGAUCUCGUGCAAAGACUUACUGGAAAAUCAGCUGAAGCGAAAGAAAGAAUCAAGAAGGCACGUAGAGGACUUCCACCAAAAGGGAUGAUCAGCAGCAGUAGUAACAACCCCAAGUUGUGGACUGACGUUCAGCUUCAGCCUCAGGCUAACCAAGGAAUUCGAUUCUUGCAAGGUACACCAAAGAUAGAGAAGGAGAUAGAGUAUUUGUAUAAAGGAGAGGGCACUUCACAUGGGAUUUUUCGUGGUUUUGGAGAUAUAGAUAUGAAUUUGGUUCAAGAUCUGAGUCAAUUCCCUCUUCUGAGUCAAGUCUUCUCAAUCACAAAUCAACAUGUUUAG